AUUGGUAACAUUGGCUAGUCGACCUUCCACAGCAAAGUGGGGUUGUCCCGUUGAAAUGUACUGGAGCAAUGGAUUAUAGUUACAGUUUUUGUCUUUUCUUGGGCGGGGCACGGAGGUGAUAUUAUGAAACCAAAAAUGUUGACAUAUUUGGAUUUGCGUUCUAUUUAGCCUGAUUGGUUCCUAGGGACUGGGACCAGGUCAUACGCAGUGUGGAUGCUGGAUGUUAGACAGUUUAUGGCAUCAGAUCGGCCAGUUUCUGUACCUUUGUCAGGUAACACCGGAAUACCCGGCCUCACAAGGCCAGGAGACAGUGAGGAUUUCCUCAAAUCGGACGAGGUGUUUGUCGCAAUAAACGAUGGAAUUAAUCCGUAUCGGUCCUUGGAUUGGCUGAGCUCUCUGGGACACUGAAAUAUCAGUUCCCAAGGAAGGUUGCAGAUUGCACUAUAAUUUUCCACCAGGGUUUCACAUCGUUUCUCAAGACAAAGGCGGGCCGAUACUAUAUAAGCUUCGAUCCUUAUGAUGGUAGCAGUACCAUUGGUUACGGCUUCUCCCAUCCCUCCAGCCGGACCGACCCUUCCUCCAUAUCUCCGGCAAUGCGUGAAGGGACAUCCAACGCUGGAACCACAACGCUGGUUCGGGGACAUCGCUGAGAGGGCGAAGGAAAUACGGACACAAGCUUUACACCUCAAACAGGCAUUUGUGUUCUCCCGGUUCAACGACACAACUCAUGUUGACGACGUCUUUAGAGAAAGACAUCAUUACAGUCACUUCCCUAAGAGACCAAGCACACAACCUAUGGCCCUGCAAGGACAACAUCAGGUCAAUCAAGCUCUGAAUCAGUCUCUGUACCUCCUUGCCGUCUACAUCCACCAUCUUGAGCGGGUAGAAACCCAAGAAAACCAAUUCCAACAAGGACAGUUCUCACAACAGAUCAACAGCCUCGCUAUUGAAAUGAAAGACGCGGCGUAUGGGAUCAACGUCAUGCUGUGCGAGAGAGGACAAGGGCUCAGUGCUGCUGUCUACCAGGAUGUGACAGAACUGGGCAUGGAUGUGACCAGCGCGAGACAUCGACAUGCAAGGUUGCUGUUCGUCAUUGAUGACGUGAUUCAUGUUGGGGGCUUUAUUUUCCGGACCUUUCUAGGCCUUGAGUGCUUAUCAGGCCUACACAUGGACACAUAUCAAAUGGGACCAUUUCAAGACUGGGAGUAGAUUGUAUAGCGUAAAGAAAGCUUACUGGACAGAAAGAUGCAUUUGUGUUGUAACCAUGAUUAGAUCUAUGAUUUUUAUGUUCCUCAUCCAAAUGUUUCCAACGAUACAGCGACAGGCAAGGGGAGACAUUUAGAGAGGACUGAAUUAUGUUUUCGAAAGUUGCUGCGACCUUUGGCUGUUAUGAGGAAGACAGAACAGCGGAUACACAGAAAUACAAACACCUUCCGUCUCCAGGAGAAACUGUCCCCGGGAACCAAGCGUUGUAUGACAGUGAUCUGGACCAGAAAGGUUAUAGGACAGUGGUUCCAGUGGUAUUCGUGGUCAGCUGAAGGCUUAGAAUCGCUCUGUAACAUCCACGCCAGAUUGUGGCACUUCCAUAUCUCAUUUUGCAUUCAUUUUAAUGUUAUGACUCAUCCUGUCUGUUGA